AUGUUGUCGCCAGGAAAUCUGGAUGAAAUUAAGGAACGCAUCAACAAAAAUGAAGAAAAAAUCAACGUGUUGCAGGCGAUUAAUAACGUGCUAAAGGAGCGUCACGAGAUCGAAUCCAAUUACAAGAGCUUAGCCCACAAGUUUAGAGAGAUGCAGGAGGAGGAAUCACUGCGGCGGGCCAAGGUAUGUAGUUUUGAUGAAGCGCGCAAAAAGCAGUUGGUUGAGCUGCAAGCAAAGGGUGAGGCACUAUGCCGAGAAAAGGCCAAGUUGCAACACCAGAUCGAGCAUGUAACGUGGCAUCUUGAGGGAUGUCGUCGACGUCGACCCUGCUUGGCACGGCUGCCAGAGAACUGCCCACUAAAGGGAAACGCUCCGAGCUGUCUGCCACAUUCACCGGAAAAGUUGAAAAUUAUGGCUAACAUGAAGAGCACUGCCGAUCACCUUGUGCGAAGUAUCAUGGAUUUGAGAAAGAAAAUUCACAUCGUUCAGGACAAGCUGGAGCAUGAAGUUGCUCGUAAAAAGGAAAUGGAGAAAAAGCUAUCUGAGUUGCGAAAAGAAAUUUGUCGCCACAAUAAAUGUAUGCAACAGCAACAUCAACACCAUCAUGCAUACCACCAUCACCAUCAUCAGUCUUCAGUACCGGGUGGUGGUGGCGGUGGUCACGGUACAACAUCUUUGCCGCCGAUCGUGAAAAAUUGCAUUGCGACCAAGUAG